AUGGAAGGCAAUAAAGAUUUAAUAUUUUAUUAUUCAGCACCUGGUAAAGCUAUAAUAAGCGGGGAACAUUCAGUGGUAUAUUAUAAAAAUGCACUAGUCAUGGCGUUGGAUUUGAGAACAUAUUGUAAAUUGACUUUGAGCAAAAAGUAGAAUGAUUCAUCUAUCGAUCAUACAUUUAUAAUUGAAAAUAAUCAAGACUCUAGAAGCCUAAUUUAAAUUACAGAUAUUUAGUUGAAAUAAUUACUUGAAUACCUCAUUACACUAAAGGAGGAAAUUGAUUUUUCUACUUUGUAAAAAUAAUUUCCAUUGGUAGAAGAAAAAGAUUUGAUUUUGUCAUACUUAUUUUUAAGUGUUUUCAUGGAAAUCUACGGGAGAGAUAAAAGUAUUGAAGAUACUAUCAAUGCUUUUGAUUAAAAAAUAUCUAAAAACAAUCUUAUUAAAAUAAAUUUACACUCUACUCUUCCUAUUUCAAAGGGUUUGGGUUCUUCAGCCAGUUACUUUACAGCACUAUCUGCAUCUUUAACAAAAAUGUUUAUGCACUUACUUGAGGUUAAAGAGUUAAGUGAAGGGUAUUUAAAAUUUGUCAACAAAAUAGCAUUUAACUUUGAAAAAAUUUAUCAUGGAACUCCAUCUGGUAUAGAUAACUAUAUUGCAACUUAUGGAAAUCUACUGGUCUUCAAUAAAAAUUAUACAAAUAGCUUACAGAUAGGUAAACUACCUUACAAAAUUUUUUUAAUUGAUAGUUAAGUUGAAAAAAGCACUAAGAAAGCAGUAGGUAGAGUAAGAGAAAUCUAUGAUGAUGAAUCCAUAGGAAAAAUAGGAAAAUAAACUAUUGAUAUGAUAGGAGAUGUGACAGAUAACAUAAUCAAAGUAUUUAAUCAAAAUAAUUUUGAUAAAAGUUAAUUUGAAAAUCUCAUAAGAAUUAACCAAAGUUUAUUAAGACUUCUUGAUUUGAGUCACAGCUCUAUUGAAGACAUCAUGAGCAUUUGCAUGAAAUACGAAAUAGCUGCUAAAAUUACUGGAGCUGGAUAAGGAGGUAAUUGCAUAGCUUUUGUACCAGAAACCUAUAAUCAAAGUAGAGAGAGAGAAUUCAUUUAGGAAUUAGAAUCUCAUGGGUAUCAGAUAAUAUUUGCCACACUGUCUUAGUAAGGAGUUAAAGAAGAGACAACUAUCUGA